UUCCUCACUACUUCACUAUCUCUUCUCUGCUAAGAAACACUUUCUCUCUCUUGCAGAGAGUUCUGUAUAUAGCUUUCAAAGCGGGUAUGAGAUUCAGACGCUUUUGGUGAUGGCAUUAACCAAAUAAAUUAAAUUAUGACAAAGGGUUAAAGGGUAUCUCUUUGUUGAGGCUAACAAUCCGCAUCGAACCCUUUUGAUCCCAUCUUCUGGAGCUCAAAUCAAAGAUUUUUUUCAAACUGUUGUCAAUCUAUUGAUGGGUACGCAUGGUGAUAAGUGGGAUGAAGAAUGGUCUGUCAUUGGAGACAAAGGAGACAUUGGGUUCAUCGACUUUGAGGAUUGUAAAUCUGUUUGUAGCUACAACCCGACUGAAGAGAGCGAGAUUGUUAUAUCGGUUCCAUUUCCUUUAGUAAAAGGAAAGCCACAAUCGGGAUUUGUUGGAGAUACUGUUGUUGAUUCAAUCACUAUCAAGAACACCACCAGUGAACCAGUGGAAUUGUGGUCAGUUAAAAUUUAUGACUCAAAACCCGAGGACUCAUUUACUCUUUCUGUGAUGGAACCUCCAACUGCAAAUUCAGGCGUGCAAUAUAUCCAAGCAUUCCUAGAGUCAUCUUCCUUGGAGGACAGAGUGCUACGGUCAGGUCAGACUUUAACUAUUUGGUUGUCUUGCAAACCUAAGGAAAUUGGUUUGCACACAUCGGCUGUGCAUUUUACCGUGGGGGAUGAGACAAUAGAACGACUGGUUUUUCUCUUGGCCGAGGAUAAGAUCUCUCAGUCUUUGGCGUCUGACAAACCAUACCACAGAGGCAAGAAGAAGAAGAAGCAGAUGGUUUUGGAUGUCUCUGCAGGAGAUGCAUUUGUCGUGGGAGAACGUCCUGCCAAGCCUGCAACCCGAGGAUUCAAAAAAAUUAUUGCUCAAUUUCCAAUCCCAAAGAAUGUAAGAGACUUGGUAGAAAGUAAGCAGAUCCCUGAUGUUAUCACAGAAGGUUUAACAAAAGCGAAUUAUGCUCAUUACUUCACAACUUUAGUGAUCAUGGAAGAGAUAAAAAUGGAGGAAGACAUGAAGGAUUAUGACAUGGAGCGUGUCUCUAUGAGUAGUAAGGGAUCACAAUUCUUAUUGCUUGAGGUCCCAGGACUGGCUGAGAAAAGACCUUCACUUGUUUGUGGUGAUUUCAUUUGUGCUACACUUGCUUCAAAAGGUGUAGAUGAUUCCACUCGUGUAUAUCAGGGUUACAUUCAUCGUGUUGAGGCUGAAGAAGUGUAUUUGAAGUUUGACAAAGAAUUUCAUGUGUGCCAUAAGGUGAGUAACCUGUACAAUGUAUGGUUUACAUUCAAUCGAUUGAACAUGAGAAGGUUAUAUCAAGCUAUUGAAGCUACAAAAUAUUUAGAAAGAGACUUUCUCUUUCCAUCUAGAAAGAGAUUUAUACAGCCCAUUCCACUGGUGCCCAUAUCUUGCAUGCUUAAUGAGGAGCAAAUAAGUGCAAUUGGGAUGAUCCUUGGCUGCAAUGGAGGACCACCUUAUGUAGUCCAUGGACCUCCAGGUACAGGUAAAACUAUGACUAUAGUAGAAGCAAUACUCCAACUGUAUACAAUGCGAAAGAAUGCCCGAAUUCUUGUUUGUGCACCUUCAAAUAAUGCAGCAGACCAUAUACUUGAGAAACUCCUUAUGACAAAGGCAGUUAGAGUUCAACACAGGGAAAUCUUCAGGCUCAAUGCACUCACACGUUCUUUUGAGGAUGUUAAGCCUGAUCAUAUCAGCUAUUGCUUUGCUGAAGAGUUUAUCUUCAAGUGUCCUCCACUUAGGGAUCUCAUGCGCUUUAAAAUCAUCAUAUCAACAUAUACAAGUGCCUCUCUUCUUUACGCCGAAGGCAUCAAGCGAGGUCACUUCUCUCAUAUUUUCUUGGAUGAGGCUGGCCAGGCUUCAGAGCCUGAGGUGAUGGUUCCUCUAUCCAACCUUUGCCGAGGGGAUACAGUUGUUAUUCUUGCUGGAGAUCCAAUGCAACUGGGUCCUGUAAUUUUCUCAAGAGAUGCUGAAAUUUAUGGUUUAGGAAAGUCAUACUUGGAGAGGCUGUUUGAAUGCAAGUUUUAUGGUGUUAAGAAUGAAAAUUAUGUCACGAAAUUGGUUAGAAAUUACCGGUGCCACCCAGCAAUUUUGUACCUACCUUCACAGUUGUUUUAUAGAGGGGAGUUGAUUUCUUGCAAAGAUGAUGACACAUGGUCAUCCAUAACUUGGGUGGAAAUCCUACCAAACAAGCAAUUCCCUGUGUUUUUUUUUGGUGUCCAAGGUUUUGAUGAGAGGGAGGGUGGUAAUCCAUCAUGGUUCAAUCGGAUUGAGGCGAGCAAGGUUGUUGAGAUCAUCCGGAAUUUGACACAGAACAUGGGGCUGGACGACGAAGAGAUUGGGGUGAUAACACCUUAUCGCCAGCAAGUGCUCAAAAUAAAGAAAGCACUUGAAAGUUUUGGUUGUUCUGAUAUCAAGGUUGGCAGUGUUGAACAAUUUCAAGGACAAGAGAGGCAAAUUAUUAUCGUGUCGACUGUCCGUUCGACUGUAAAACACAAUGAGUUUGACAAAACCUAUUAUUUGGGAUUCUUAAGCAAUCCCAGAAGGUUUAAUGUUGCCAUUACUCGAGCCAAAUCUUUGCUGAUUGUUAUUGGGAAUCCACAUAUCAUUUGCAAGGAUCCAUACUGGAAUAAGCUUUUAUGGCAUUGUUCCGAUAAUGGCUCCUACCAGGGUUGCUUUCUUCCUGAGAGGCCGGAAUAUCUAGACGAAGAAUCAACACAAGUGGGUAAUGAGGACAAUGAAGGAGACGAGAAACUUCAGCCCUCUGAAUAUAUAGAAUGUGCCCAAGAGUUGGAAAUUCCAAAGCCUGUUACGAAUGAAGCUGAGUGGUCGCAUGGUUGGAAGUCCUUUGAGACAGAAGAGAUCCCAAAACCUGUUACAGGUGAGGCUGAAUGCUCACAUGAUUCGAAGCCCUAUGACGCAGAGGAAAUCCCAGAACCUGUUAUGGACGAAGCUGAGUGGUCCGAUGGUUGGAAGUGCUGAAAAACAGAGGAGAUCCCAAUAAAGACUUGGGAUCUCGGAUAGGGAAGUUCUUUGUGUCUUUGGAGGCUUACUCUUUAUACGUAUCUUUUGUAAAUCUCCAGGAAUCUAUACGUCGAAAAGACUAAUGUAUUUUGUUCCGAAUCCUUGAAAUUUGAUUGAUCAAAAGUUGUGUAUGAAUUAUCUUUUGUUUGUCUUGGUAAAAUUUUGCUUGUGAUGGG